AUGUCAGCCAUCGUCGGCGGGCUCGCGUGCCAGCGGGACCUGUUUCUCCGCUCGCUCAAAACCACGGUCACCGCCUCGACCAAGUACCCGCUUUCCAAAACCACGAGUGGCUACGCCGUCGAGCUCAAGGACACGGUGCUUUUCCCCGAAGGCGGCGGCCAGCCGUGCGACCACGGCACCCUCACCAUGUCCCCAAACAAGACCGUCGCCGUCGACAGCGUCAUCCGCGACAAACUCAAGGCGCUCCACAUCACCAAGGAACCGUUGGACGUCGGCGCCGAGGUCGUCGUCGCCGUCAACUGGCGCCGCCGCCUCGACAUCAUGCAACAGCACACCGGCCAGCACCUCUUGUCGGCGGUGCUUGACAAACACCAGCUCCCCACCUUGAGCUGGUCGAUGGGAGACACGAUCAACUACCUUGAGGUCGAGCGGCCGCUUGACGACGCGUUGGUGGCCAAAGUGAGCGACGAAGUCAACCAGGCGAUUUUCGACGCCCUCCCCAUCCGGGUGGUCACCGGCGACGAGCUCGACAAUGUCGACACCAGUAAAGUGCCCGACGACUACGAUCAGGCGGAGGGGAUCAUCCGGGUGGUGACAAUCGGCGACCUCGACGCCAACCCGUGCUGCGGCACCCAUCUCGCCAACACGAGCCAGAUCCAGAGCGUCGCCCUUUUGCACCAGACCAACGUCCGCGGGGGUCACUCGCGCCUCCACUUUGUCUGCGGCGGGCGGGUGGCGUCGUGCUUACGCGACGAGCACACCACGUUGAAGGCGGUGGGGGCCGAGUUGUCGGCGCCGCUCGACGGGUUGCACGAUAAAGCCGUCCAGACCAACCAGUUGCUUAAGAAGCUGGUGGCGCGCGAGCUGGCCCUCUUGAAGGAGUUGGCCGCCAACGAAGCCACCCGCAUCCUCGCCACGUUGGCCACGGCGGACGCCGUCUACACUUACCGCGCCGACAAUGACGGGCAAUUUUUCCAAGCAUUACAGCGGGAGCUUACCACUCACGCCAAAAGCCACGCCUUCCAGUUGGCGGAGAAAACGGUGGUGAUGAUCAACGGCGAAUACGCCAACGGGUUGGGGGGCCAAGUGAAGAUCAUGGGCCCCCGGUGCGAAGAAUUGGCGGCGAAGAUGAAGCAGACGCUCUCCAACAUCAAGGGCGGCGGCAAAGGGGCCAACUUCCAGGGGAAAAUCCCCAAAUACCUCAAGGGCGAACUCGAAGCCACCCUCGCGUGGUUGCAACACCUCUGA